AUGUCAGCCGAUGCGGCGGGCCUGGGAGGCCAGGGUGAUGGUGCCCAUGUGUUGCCACCAAUUGUCGCGAAGCUGUGUGAUGUGGUGCUGAAUGACCUGACGCAGAGUCAGCUGCCGCGUCUCGAGGUGCUGCUACAGCAGAUGGGUACUCAGAUUUACUCGGCGAACGAUGACAAGCGCCAAGGUUCGACGGACUUUGUGCCGAUUUCUGGCAACCCCAGUCCCGUGCUAAGCGAUACAGCAAGCAUGCACUCGAAUGGAGAGGUGCGUGUGACGCGUGCCCUGGAGUAUGCUCUUGCUGAGCUCGUCACGACGGAGCGCAACUAUGUGGCGCGGCUCGACGCGCUGCACAGCCGCUAUGCUGUGCCGCUUCUGCAGCUGGCGAAGGACAAAGACACUGAGAUUAUUCCCCUUGCAGAAGCAGAGUGCAUUUUUGGUAACAUUGGUGAGAUUCUCGCGGCGAACAAGGUGCUGCUGUGCGAGCUGGAGGUCGAGUACGACCAGGGCCCCGCUCAACUUGCCUCAACUGUCGGCUCGAUCCUAGCCCGCAAUAUCUACACGUUUGGAUGCUAUGACACGUACCUCGCUGGGUUUGAGCGUGCACAGCGCACGUACAACCAGAUGCUCAAGCACCGCCCGCUCCGUGAGUUUAUUUUGCGAACGCAGCAUUCCAUGUCGGAACUCGGCAAUGCCGGUCUGAGGGAGCUGAUGGUCGAGCCGAUGCAGCGUAUUCCGCGAUACCAGCUGCUGAUCGGUAACUUGAUCAAGCAUCUUCCGCCGACGUCGCCGCAGAUCGAGCGGUUGCAGGACGCGUCGGCGGCCGCCACCAUCAUUGCGUCUCGACGAGUCACGGACGGAGAACGACUUGUAGCAGUGCUUUGGAGCUGCCAACGUACUAUUAACCGAUUCCCGCCUGAGCUAGUCAGUGCGCCGCGGGAGCUUCUUGGCUGUAUUGAUGUCGACGAGGUCACGGCAGACACGGUCCAGUCGCGUGCGAUGCAGACACUCGGCACGGUCCUUGGCCGCAAGCCUCGGUCAUCCUAUGCACUUCUCGUUUUCACCGACGUGCUCGUGCUCAUCCAGCGCCACUCGUCGAUCCCCACACACAUCCUACUUGGCUUGCAUGAACCAGACCGCCUCGCAGACCAGAUGCGCUCGGCGCAUAUUAGUGCCCCAUCGAAUCGGCGCACCGAUUUGUUGUUCGCCGGUAUGUCGAGCCUGCAUGACAUUCGUGUCACAGGUCAGGGCGCUGAGCUCUCCAUCGAGAUGGAUCGCCCGAUGCGUGGUGCGCCGUCCAAGUCGGCGCAGCUCGUGCGCCGCUUUGUCGAUGCCAUGCCUGAUGCUCACAGCACACACAUCCCACUCUUUCUCGGCUGUCUGUGGCAGGCGCAGGCUGUAUUUCGUGCUCGCGGGCAUGCGUUGGCCGCUCGUAAGAACAUCACACAUUCAUCACGCGGUCCCAUCACGCUGCUGUGGACGCUCUUCACGCGCUCGCAGUACGAAAGCUUUGCGUACCGUGACCGACUCCUCGUGAUUCUCGGCGCACUGGACACGCCGAGUCGCCAAGACAUGUCGCACGCCUCAGAGCUGUUUGUCAAUGUUGAGCUGCAAGACGAUGCAGACACAUGCAUGAUCUACAUGAGCCGUGCAUGGGGCUCUCAGGCACGCCGAGUUUCCACGUCUCUCGCUGAUGUGCCGCGCCUGUGUGCGGAUCUACAUGUGCUGUCAACAUUGCCUCCGACGGCCGAGCCGUUGCCGCCGGCGGAGCCCGUGCAACGCACGCCAUCGCUUCGCUCGGACGAAAAGCGCGAAGUCCCGCGUGUGCACCGCGCUCGCAGUCUCAUGAGCGAGCGAGUACGUGCGAGUAUCCAGGAGAGUCUCGAGGUGGUCCAGGAAGAGAGCAAACAGCAUGAACAGGCUGAGCUGCAGCUUGGCCGCAAGCGCCAUGUGCCGAUGGCCGAUCGCAGCAAUGAGCCGCCCCACACUGACUCGCCCAAGCGCCGUGCUGUGCCCAGCCAGGCGCCUGGUGAGGAGAAUGUUGUCCCAGUGCGUGUCGCAGACGAAGCAGCGGAGCCGAUGGAUGAGCGCGGUACUCCUAUAAAACGUGCACCCGGCAUAAGUAUGUACACGGAUGACACCCUCGAUUUGCCGAAUCCGUUCGACGAGGGCGAUGCCAUGCCCAGCGCCUCGCCUGUCCUACCUGAGCCGACCAAGGUGGAAAGGCCGCCGCAUUCUCAAGAAGAGCACAUGGUAGAAGAGCCGCUGGACGAGCCACCCGCGUCGGUGCCGCGUCCGCCGCCCAAGGCGACACCACGGAAAGAAACCAUCUCGAUUCCGCCGAGCAAGACAGUGACAGAGGAUGAGAUGCAUGAGAUGUUGAAACCUUUGCUUGAACACAUCCAGGUGGCACCAGCGCAACAGCCCGUCUUGGUGCAUGCGAAGCCGUCCCAGGCUGCUCGCAGUGCCGAGGUUGUCAUGCCAGAGCCUUUGGAUGUGUCGAUCCGUGCAACAGAGGACUCGUCGUGUGCAUUGAUGAAGCAGGCGAUCGAGUCACUCAACGUGCGUAUUGCGACACUGCGCCAGAAGCUUCCGUCGUCUGCACUGCCGGCUCAGUGCGCCGACGAUUGGAAUGCGUUCAAGCAGGCCGUCAAGGACGUGAAUGCGACCUGGACGAAGAUGGAGCGCGCGUACGAAAAUAAGCAGAUGGACCUUGCGUCGCUCCGACUCGCACAGCCAGAGCAUGAUACGCGUGUACACUUAUCGCAGGAAGAGUAUGCGGAUCUACAGAAUCAAAGCAACAUGGUGCUUCCACUGCAGCUGCAGAUUGAGAAGCUCCAGAAGCAAUGCGCAUCGCUGCAGGAGCUCGAGAAGGACACGCGUCUCGAGAAUGCGGAACUGUACAAUGUAUUCAACGAGGAGCUGAGUAAGCUUUAUCAGCACAGCUUCCGUCCGGCGAACGAAGAAAUCGAUAUGUUGCGCGCGAAUCUCGUGUCGGCCAAAACGCAGAUCCACGAGCUCCGCCAGGAGAACCGCUUGCUCCGCCUCCACAAUACCGUAGGGAGCGGGGUCUAG